CUAGAUGGCGUUGGAAAUUGUUUUCAGAAAAGGCCCGGCUUACUAAGCCGCUUUAAAAGAUAUCUUUUACUCCAAACAAAUUGUGAUUUUAUAAACACUGUCCUCUUCAUUAUCGCGGUCAUCUGUCUUUAUACAUUUAUUACUCAUAGGAUUUAUAUCUUGGUGUUUCUUAUUUUGGUCUAUUUAAUUUCAUCUUAUGACCAAUAGUGAUAUCAAAAAAGAGCCUGAUUGUACACCUUGCCGCUUAGUUGGUGCAUCAGGAAUCACAGCUAUUGGUGCUUACAUACUUAGCACUUCUCCUAAAACAAAAGUUCAUCAUACUCUUAUUAGACUCUUUGGUUGCUCUUUUAUUGGUCUUGGUGUUUACCAAUUUUACAAUUUAAUUCAAGAUGAGCGGAACAAAAAGAAAGUUUGAUGGACAUGAAGAAGAACGGAACAAGAGACUUUCUACAGUGAUUGCGGCUCAUUAUAAUAAGAUAGAAGAGAAGGGAAUCGAGUCACGUAAGGAAUCUAGAAUCUACUAUCUUCGUGCCUUCAACAAUUGGGUUAAAGCAGUCAUUAUAGCUCAGGCUCUCGCUCAAGUCGAUAAGGGAAUGAAUAAACAAAAACAAUCAGAAAGAAAAAUAACAGUUCUGGACAUUGGAUGUGGUAAAGGAGGUGACCUAAGAAAAUAUCGUCUUCACGGAGUAGCUAAUUUGGUUUGUGUUGAUAUAGCUAACGAAUCUCUGAAUCAAUGUCAAGAAAGGUACAAAGAGAUGAGAAAACUCCCCAAGUCAAAAGAACCUUUAUUUGAAGCAUUUUUUAUUGAAGCUGACGCAACUCGUGACAACUUAAAUGCGAAAAUGCAGGCUACUGAAGGCUUGAUUGAAAAGCUCGGAGAUAAAGAACAAUUCGAUUUGGUCAGUAGCCAAUUCACUUUCCAUUAUUGUUUUGAGAGCUUACCUCAGGCAGAGAAAAUGAUUGAAAAUAUAGCUAACAACUUGAAAAGUGGAGGCUAUUUCAUCGGAACAACACCUGAUGCUUAUUAUAUUGUUUCUAAAGCUCGUAAACAUGGACCCUCAUUUGGUAAUGAGGUUUAUUCAGUGACGUUUGAGGAUUCUUCUAUUUUCAAUAGUGAUAAAAAAAUUCCUUUGUUUGGAGCUCGCUACAAUUUCCAUCUUGAUGGUUGCGUUGAUUGUCCUGAGUUUCUGGUCCAUUUUCCAACAUUUGAGAAAAUAGCUUUGAAAUAUGGGUUGAAAUUAUUAUUCAAGCGGCGCUUUGAAGAUUUUUAUGACGAAAACCUUAAAAAAGGAGAAGAAUCAGAACUAUUAAGAAAGAUGGGUGCCCUGGAAACUUUUCCUUCUUUCCAUGGAAAUCUCAAAGGCUCUCCUGCAGAUUAUGUUCACGCGCGUCAAUACAUCCAAGAACGUCACGUUCAUAGAGUUGGAACUCUUUCUCAAUCAGAAUGGGAAGCAAUAAAUCUGUAUCUUGUAUUUGUAUUUCAAAAAUCGUAAUUAUUAAAAUAAAAGUUAAUUAUAAAAGUUGCUA